AUGAAGUUCUCACACAGUGUGCAGUUUAACGCUGUACCGGACUGGAGCUCCAACUAUAUUGCGUACAGCAACUUGAAAAAAUUGAUUUACACACUUGAAAAGCAAGUUAAUCGUACUGAGGGCCCAUCCACCACCGAUGUCGAGUCUGCACCGCUGCUGGGCGCCCAAACGAGCAACCCAGAUGCAAUUUUCAAGCGCGCUCUCGACGCGGAGAUGGACAAGAUUUGUACAUUCUUUCAGAAGAAGCAGGCGGAGAUUUUCGAACUCGCCGAGGAGCUUACUCGGGAUGCUCAUGUCUAUCUUUCCCAGACCGAUGGUGUCAAUAUGGACCCCGUCAGCGAAACAAUCAUCAAGGCCAGCUCCCGUCGAAACGGUGGGCCUGGCCCACGCCGCCGAUCCAGCGGUGUCAGCAAUGAUUCCAUGGCCGACGAUGAGGAAGGGUUUAGUGACGAUGACCGGUCCCCCUCACUUGCCCAACGUCGGCGGUUGAUGCAGUCAACAGACGGCGAGAGCGGUACAGACGACCAGCAUGGAGAUCUCGCAGAUUCCUCGUUCUUCGGACAGCCCGCUAUGUCUGAUAUGCACGGUUCCUACCUGAACGACGAGGACUUCCUCGCUCUGUAUAACACUGGUAUCUCCCUAAAGAAGCGCCUGGUCGAGGGCUACGUCUCAUUAUGCGAGCUUCGAUCCUUUAUUGAACUAAACAAGACUGGUUUCGCCAAAGCGUUGAAGAAAUACGACAAGACAUUGUACCGCAAUUUACGUCGAGACUACCUGGCCUCCGUGGUUCACCCCGCGACGCCGUUCGUCGAGAGUACUAUGGCUGCGGUUGACGGUCAUAUCGAGAAUAUUGAGGGUGUCUACGCGGGCAUCGUCACCAAGGGUAACAGGCAGCUAGCCAGGCGUGAGCUACGUUUGCAUCUGCGCGAACAUGUUGUCUGGGAGCGAAACACUGUUUGGCGUGAGAUGAUCGAGAUCGAGCGACGCGCACAGGCUGCAAAUGUUGGCAUUCGUCGUACCCUCUUGGGUGGCGAUGAAGAUCCGGCCACUGCUCGCCGCCAGGGCGAUAAGAAUGAGAUUCGUACACAGGAAAUCUCAACGCCUCUUGGUCGGUUCCAAUUCCCCCUGUGGUUCUGCAGCUUGAGCUUUGGCACGCUGGUUCUAAGUGUCGCCGUCUUUGGUGCCCUGCUUUCUAUGCAGACCAUGGAGACUCCCGAGCAACAGAACUGCCUGGCCAUGCUGGUCCUUGUCAGUAUCCUGUGGGCCACUGAGGCGAUCCCGCUUUUCGUGACCUCGCUCCUAAUUCCGUUCUUGGUUGUUACAUUGGGCAUCAUGAGGUCGGAUGAUGAGGAGCACAAGCGACUUGGGCCUAAGGAGUCUGUGGGAAUGGUAUUCUCGGCAAUGUGGACCCCCGUGAUUAUGCUCCUUCUUGGUGGUUUCACGAUUGCAGCGGCACUCUCCAAGUACGAUAUCGCCCGGCGCAUGGCCAUGUUUGUGCUCAGCAAGGCCGGUUCGAAGCCGUCGACUGUCCUACUUGUGAACAUGUUCGUCAGUAUGUUCCUUAGCAUGUGGAUCAGUAACGUUGCAUCUCCUGUGCUUUGUUACUCGAUCAUCCAACCUCUGCUCCGCAACAUGCCACCAGAGUCCGACUUCGCCAAGGCUCUCGUGCUCGGUAUCGCCCUGGCCGCCAAUGUCGGCGGUGCGGCAUCCCCUAUUGCCUCCCCUCAGAACAUCAUUGCUUUGCAGAAUAUGCAACCAAACAUUAGCUGGGGCACGUGGUUCUUCAUCGCAUUGCCAGUGUGUAUUAUCUCAAUUCUGCUCAUCUGGGCCUUGCUUCUGGCUACCUUCCGUCCUGGCCGCAAUGCCACCGUCAUCCCCAUCCGCCCGGUCAAGGAUCGAUGGACUGGUAUGCAGUAUUUCAUCAGUCUCGUCACUGUUAUGACCAUCGUGUUGUGGUGCGCUAGUCACCAACUCGAACACAUUUUCGGCGACAUGGGUGUCAUUGCCAUCAUUCCGCUUGUCCUCUUCUUUGGAACGGGUAUCCUCAACAAGGAAGACUUCAACAACUUCUUAUGGACGAUCAUCAUUCUCGCCGCCGGUGGACUAUGCCUAGGCAAGGCAGUCACUUCUUCUGGCCUGCUGCACACUAUUGCCGCCGAUAUCACCGCCCGUGUCGAGCAUCUCAGCUUGUACGGCGUGCUGUUGGUCUUCAGCGCUUUAAUCCUCGUCAUUGCCUCGUUCAUCUCUCACACUGUCGCUGCCCUCAUCAUUCUGCCUCUUGUCCGCCAAAUCGGCGUCAGCAUGGAAGAUCCUCACCCCAACCUUCUGGUCAUGGCCAGCGCCUUGAUGUGCUCCGUCGCUAUGGCUCUGCCCACCAGUGGCUUCCCCAAUAUGACUGCCAUUAUGACCGAGGUUCCCCAGACAGGCCAGCGUUACCUUCAAGUCCGCCAUUUCCUGACUCGCGGUAUCCCGUCCAGUUUGAUGGCCUUUGCGGUGAUCGUCACCCUCGGCUAUGGAUUGAUGUGGGUCGCGGGGUUGUAG